AUGACUUUCGUUGAUGUUAGCAAUCCGGAUAUAACUGCUCAUUUGAAGUUGGGUGUAAGCCUCAAGGACACCCAUGGUUCUGCAGUUCUCGACCUCUCCUUCGAGGCUGGUGGCUGUGCCGUCGUCUUCCAACUCGGCGAUGGCUUCAGUCUCUCUAUAAACGUGUGCAUCACUGGUAAGGCAUCAGGCGAAAACCUGUUGCAGCCCGACAAGCGCACGUUCUCUGGCUCGAUCGAGCUGAAGGUUAGUUUCAACGUUAAUGUGCCAGUCGUUGGUAGCAUUAUCAAUUGGGCUAUCACAGCUAAAUUAGGCGUUACUGCUAAACCCAAGAACGAGAUUACUGCUUAUGGCAGUAUCGGAACCAGCGUCUCUUUGUACUUUGCUGGUGCUGGUGUGUCGAUCGAUAUCAAGGGCCACUCCGUGGAUCACUUGGCUAAUAAAUGGGAGUUUGUCUCUGGUGUAAACUUCAACGCCUGGGUGAAGGUCUUCUUCUGGGGUAAAUCUUGGAACCAUCGUUGGGAGAUCUGGCACGCCGGUCCCGUAACCUUUUAAGUACAUUCUGAUACUGUAUAUUGUCCAACUUUACCGGGAUCAAACCCAAGGUUGAUAUCGGGCAGUCCCUCCCUAUCACAGUGUAAAUAUUCAUAUUUCAUUCUCUUCUACUUUCCUUUGCCUCAGUGAAGGCGUAUCGCUUAAUAUUUAGUUACUAGAUCGCUACUAAAUUUCGGUAGCGAUUUUGGUGACCAUAAUAUGGUUCGGCAUAAUCUCAAUGUCAUGGAAUGUCGUACCGGUGUGAUGGUGGUUUUCAGUGGUCUGUGUAAUGGUUAUGUUUUAUUGAUGGUGGUUUUCAGUGGUCUGUGUAAUGGUUAUGUUUUAUUGAUGGUGGUUUUCAGUGGUCUGUGU